UGGUGACAGAUGCUGCUAAGAGACCAGCCAGCAGGGAGAAAAGUGAGGAGAGAAAGGUGGUUCAGCCUCCAUCCAGGUAGAAAAGAUUCAGGACAGACAGAAGUGAGAAACUGGGGAUGUGUUCACCAUCAAGUUUUGGGAAGAGAGAAUUAGGCUAAAAAGAAAUGUUCUGUGCAGGCAUCAUACUACAAAUGGAAUAAAAGGGAAAGAGAGACUAGUUUACGAUCCAAUCAGAGGUGAGGAUCAGAAGUUUUAGGAGUCAACCCAGAAAUCUCAGGGGUUCUAUGAUGAUGCAGAUUGGAGAAAAGCAAGCAGGCAAUGGGAGCCUUGUAGGAAAGAAUCAGCCACCCGUAGGGGAGAAGCAUCAGGCAAAUGACAAGCCAGAAGCAAAUGGCAAAGCAGAGGUCUCCCCAAAGCAAGAGGCAGAUGGAAAAGGUGACACACCUAGAAAGAGCCUCAACUUGUACAGUUGGCAGGAGAUCCAGAGACACAAUCAGGAGGCCGACCAGUGGCUGGUGAUCAAUCGCAAGGUCUAUGAUGUUACUAGCUGGGCAGACCGACAUCCAGGUGGCCAUCGGGUUCUCCACCACUAUGCCGGGGAAGAUGCCACGGAUGUUUUCAGAGCUAUGCACCUGGAGCUUGACAUUGCACGAUUGUACCUUAAGCCACUACUCAUUGGAGAGCUUGCCCCAGGGGAACCCAGCCAGGAAAGAAACAAAAACGCCCAGUUGGUGGAAGAUUUCCGAGAACUGCGGAGGACAUUAGAGGCUAUGAACAUGUUCAGUGCCAGCCUGGGGUUCUUUUCCCUUCACCUCAUCCAGAUCUUGAUUUUGGAAGUCCUGGCUUGGCUAAUGCUGUGGCAUUUUGGCAAUGGCUGGCCAAUUACAAUAUGUAUUUCCUUUCUUCUAACAAUUUCUCAGGCCCAGAGUUCAUUUUUGCAGCAUGACACCGGUCAUCUUUCCAUAUUUAAGAAGUCCAAGUGGAACCACCUGAUGCACAGAUUUGUGAUGUGUCAUCUCAAGGGCCUGUCAGUAAAAUGGUGGAAUCACCGACACUUCCAACAUCACAUAAAACCAAACAUUUACCCAAAAGACCCAGAUAUUGAUGUGGGUCCACUUUUCCUGGUUGGAGAUUUGCAACCUCUCAAGUAUGGCAAGAAGAAAAUCAAAUAUAUUGACUAUGAAAAGCAGCACCUUUACUUCUACAUGGUUGCGCUUCCCCUCCUCAUGCCUGUAUAUUUCAACCUGCAAUCUAUGCAAGUGAUGUACCUCAGAAGAUAUUGGAAGGACAUUGUCUGGGUCAGCAGUUUUUACAUCCGAUAUUUCAUCGCAUUUGGUCCUUUCUACGGAAUCUUCGGAACAAUAUUGCUCAUAUAUUUGGUCAAGUUUCUUGAAAGUCCCUGGAUUGCAUGUGUUACGCAGAUGAGCCACAUACCAAUGAAAAUGAGCAGAGAGGAGAACAGAGACUGGCUCAGUACUCAGGUCUUGGCCACCUGUAAUGUUGAACAGUCCUUUUUCAAUGACUGGUUCACUGGGCACCUGAACUUCCAAAUCGAGCACCAUCUGUUUCCCACUAUGCCCCGCCAUAAUUAUCAGAAGGUGGCACCUCUGGUGAGGUCCCUAUGUGCCAAACAUGGAUUGCAGUAUGUGAAUAAGCCCAUACUGAAAGCAUUUGGAGAUAUUGUCAGGUCCUUGAAGAAAUCCGCAGCCCUCUGGAUGGAUGCAUACUACGAAACAUGAUGCAGGUGCCAUCCUUGAUGUGCACGCAAUUGCAUCUCUCAAGGAGGCUGGUGAAUGUGUAAGAACUUCCCACUUUACCUGUCAGUGCCAUUGGCAUACCGGAUUGUGCCAGGAGUGUGAACUCCAAGGAUACAUGAUAACUCUUUCUCUGAAGGUUUCCUCUGAAAAUAAGAAGCAGAGAAAACACAAGAUGGCUUUUACCAGAGUGUCAAAUGGGAAAUGAAGUCCAAUGUUAUUAUUUUUUCCAAAAGAUCUUUAACUUAGUCCUACCAACAGGCCUUACUCAAAUCAUUGCAGUCGCUGGGCGUUAAGUAUAGGAGCCAGGUAAAAGUCUCACUGACAAUGUGGACAUAAACAGAAGAGGGUCAAGGAGAGACUUCACAUAGAGUACUUUUUGAAAAACAGGGCAAUUGCUCUAUGAAGAGAAUCGUACAUUUAAGAAGUUCCUGGUGAAGCACAAUUUUUUUGCUUAUUUCUUUUUUAAACACUUGAACUUCUUUUUCUUUAAAUGUUGAGUAUAAUUAACAUUAAAAUCUCUAAAUAUUUAAAUACUCAUUUCAAAUUUCCAUUAUUGUACUGCACAUGUGUAACUGGUAUAUAUUUGUUUCCAAGUUAUAACAUUUCUUAAAAGUGCUUCCUACAUUUAGUCCCAACAGCAACUGGUAAAGUAAGAAUAGACUCUAACUGAUUAUAAGAUUUGUUUGCCUAAUCCCUACCAGCCAAACAGAACUGCCAAACCUUAUUACUACUGCAAGAGAGGGAUAUGUUUUCUAUAAACUAGACCACAGGCUAGUUUAUAGAAAAAUGUAAGGCAUUUUUCAUUGGUUACAUAAUAUCCUGCUGAAGCAUGUCUUAGGACGUGAGAGUUUCAAUAUAGAAGGAUGAGUCAACACUCUCAGUAGCCAGUAUAAUGAUGUUUAAUAUGUCUGUGCUUUUGCUCAUCUAUUCCCAGAGGGAGGGGCAGUUUACACAUGAUCUGUCAGCAAGGGGGAAAAAAAACAAAUGGCAUGACCUCCAUCCUCAGCAUCAGGGGUUUAUCUGUUGUCUGACAUUCUACCAGGAAGCAUUUCAUCUCCUUCUUCCAAACUCUACAAAAUAUUGGGGGGGGGGGGGUUAUUUGUUUAUUUUUUUCUUAAUUUAAUCCCUGGGUUGUGAAGCAAAGACCCUGUGGCAG